AAACCCUAAAGGCGUCUCCUUUUUCGCCACCACUCUCCACAACACUCAUUUCUGCAAAAUGGCUUCUUCUCGUAUCUCUCUCCGCUUAGUUCGCCGAUUUGCCUCAGCCGCUGCAGAUGGUACAACCACCGCUCCGUCUUCAGGCAAAAUCACUGUCUCCAAAGCUAAGUCCACUCUCCGGAAAGAACACGAUCCCGACAAAGCCCUUAAGAUCUACGCCAAUGUCUCCGAUCACUCAGCCUCUCCUGUUUCAUCUCGCUAUGCUCAAGAGCUCACCGUUCGUCGCCUCGCCAAGUGUCGCCGUUUCUCAGACAUCGAAACCCUAAUUGAAUCCCACAAAAACGAUCCCAAAAUCAAAGAAGAACCGUUCUACUCUACGCUUAUCAGAUCUUAUGGCCGAGCCUCAAUGUUUAAUCACGCCAUGAGAACCUUCGAGCAGAUGGAUCAAUAUGGCACACCCAGAUCAGCUCUUUCGUUCAACGCCUUGCUCAACGCUUGUCUCCAUUCCAAGAAGUUUGAUAAAGUCCCCCAACUGUUCGACGAAAUUCCUCAGAGGUACAAUAAGAUCGUUCCUGACAAAAUCUCUUAUGGUAUAUUGAUUAAGUCCUACUGUGACUCUGGUUCGCCUGAAAAAGCCAUUGAGAUUAUGAGACAGAUGCAAGGUAAAGGCAUGGAAGUCACUACCAUUGCUUUCACCACCAUUUUGAGUUCCUUGUAUAAGAAUGGUGAACUCGAGGUAGCGGAUAGCUUGUGGAAUGAGAUGGUGAAGAAAGGCUGUGAAUUGGAUAAUGCGGUGUAUAAUGUUCGUAUUAUGAGUGCUCAGAAGGAAAGCCCUGAAAGAGUUAAGGAGUUGAUUGAAGAAAUGAGCACUAUGGGAUUGAAACCCGAUACGAUUAGCUAUAACUAUCUUAUGACUGCGUAUUGCGAGAAAGGAAUGUUGGAUGAAGCUAAGAAAGUGUAUGAAGGACUUGAAGGAAACAACUGUGCUCCCAACGCAGCUACUUUUAGGACAUUGAUAUUUCAUUUGUGUUAUAGCCGAUUGUACGAGCAAGGCUAUGCGAUCUUCAAGAAGAGUGUGUAUAUGCACAAGAUUCCAGAUUUCAACACUUUGAAGCAUUUGGCUGUGGGAUUGGUGGAGAAAAAGAAAAUAGAUGAUGCCAAAGGGUUGAUUAGAACGGUGAAGAAGAAAUUCCCUCCGAGUUUCAUGAAUGCGUGGAAGAAACUUGAGGAGGAACUCGGGCUGUAUUCAAAAACCGAUGCUUUUCCAUCUUCUGCAAAAGAGGCUGCUGCUUAAUAGCUCAAUAGCAUUGCGAUUGAACAUCUUAUUUUGUUGCUUGAGCUGUUUAAAGACUUGUUGAAAACUAUGAUCUAGUAUGCAGGUUUAUUUAUAAGCUGCUCCUGCAUUUUUCUUUUCUUCAUAAAUUAGCUUGUAAAAGCUUGAAGUUGUUGUUGUUGGAACCUCUAGAAUUCCAUAGUCAAUAAUUUUCAGGUUCAUAU